CUUGGGGGGAGGGAAGGAAUUGAGCCGAUCAGUGUGUUAGAGGAGAUUUUUUUUUUGAGGAGCUAGAAAUAUAUAAAAUAAAAUGAAAUAAAACAAGGAGGAAGGCAUCCAGCUGUUAGAAGGGGGGAAUAAGGCAGAUAAAGGAGCGAGGAGAGAAAUUAAUUGCCAACCAGGAGGAGUUGGACUGUAUUUUUCAAAGGUGGGGGGAGUGGAGCACACACCUUGAGGAGGAAAGCGAGAAAGAAAAGAAAAAAAGCAAGUGAAAGGGGGGCUCGCACGAGAAGGGGGACAAAGUCUAGGCGCGAGCUAAAGCUGGCAGCUCCGGGCGGCGGUGCAGGGGCGCAGGGGGGGCGGGGGGGACCGUCGGACAUGCGGCUCUGGAGUUGGGUGCUGCGCCUGGGGCUGCUGAGCGCCGCGCUGGGCUGCGGGCUGGCCGAGCGCCCCCGCCGGGCCCGGAGAGACCCUCGGGCCGUGCGCCCCCCGCGCCCCGCCGCCGGACCGGCCACCUGCGCCACCCGGGCGGCCCGCGGUCGCCGCGCCUCGCCGCCGCCGCCUCCGGGCGGUGCCUGGGAAGCCGUGCGCGUCCCCCGGCGGCGGCAGCAGCGGGCGGCGAGGGGCGCCGAGGAGCCGAGCCCGCCGAGCCGGGCGCUCUAUUUCAGCGGGCGAGGGGAGCAGCUGCGCCUCCGGGCGGACCUGGAGCUACCCCGCGACGCCUUCACGCUGCAAGUGUGGUUGCGAGCCGAGGGUGGCCAGAAGUCUCCAGCGGUGAUCACAGGGCUGUAUGACAAAUGUUCUUAUACCUCACGCGAUCGAGGAUGGGUCAUGGGCAUUCACACCAUCAGUGAUCAAGGCAACAGAGAUCCACGCUACUUUUUCUCCUUGAAGACAGACCGGGCCAGAAAAUUGACCACCAUUGAUGCCCAUCGCAGCUACCUCCCGGGUCAGUGGGUACACCUAGCUGCUACCUACGAUGGGCGAGUGAUGAAGCUCUAUAUGAAUGGUGCCCAGGUGGCGACCUCGACUGAGCAAGUAGGUGGCAUAUUCAGCCCACUGACCCAGAAGUGUAAAGUGCUCAUGUUGGGGGGCAGUGCUCUGAAUCACAACUUCCGGGGCCACAUUGAACACUUCAGUCUAUGGAAAGUAGCCAGAACUCAGAGAGAGAUUCUAUCCGACAUGGAAACCCGUGGCCUCCACACCCCUCUACCUCAGCUCCUCCUCCAGGAGAACUGGGACAAUGUGAAGCGCACUUGGUCCCCCAUGAAGGAUGGCAACAGCCCCCGGGUAGAAUUCAGCAAUGCCCACGGCUUCCUGUUGGACACUAAUUUGGAGCCCCCUCUUUGUGGGCAGACACUGUGUGACAACACAGAAGUCAUCUCCAGUUACAAUCAGCUCCCAAGUUUCCGGCAGCCUAAGGUGGUGCGCUAUCGUGUGGUCAACAUCUAUGAUGAUCACCAUGAAAACCCGACAGUGAGCUGGCAGCAGAUUGACUUUCAGCAUCAACAGCUAGCUGAGGCCUUCCAGCACUACAACAUCUCCUGGGAGCUGGAGGUACUGGAUAUAAACAGUUCCUCUCUGCGACACCGCCUCAUCCUAGCCAACUGUGACAUCAGCAAGAUUGGAGAUGAAAAAUGCGAUCCUGAAUGUAACCAUACACUGACUGGCCAUGAUGGUGGGGACUGCCGCCAGCUGCGCUACCCUGCGUUCAUGAAGAAGCAACAGAAUGGUGUAUGUGACAUGGACUGCAACUAUGAAAGGUUUAAUUUUGAUGGUGGAGAGUGCUGUGACCCAGACAUCACUGAUGUCACUAAGACAUGCUUUGAUCCUGACUCUCCACACAGAGCCUACUUGGAUGUUAAUGAGCUAAAGAACAUUCUUAGACUGGAUGGAUCAACACAUCUCAAUAUUUUCUUUGCAAACUCUUCAGAGGAGGAGUUGGCAGGAGUGGCGACUUGGCCAUGGGACAAAGAGGCCCUAAUGCACUUGGGUGGUAUUGUCUUGAACCCAUCUUUCUAUGGCAUUCCCGGACACACCCACACCAUGAUCCAUGAGAUUGGGCACAGCCUAGGCCUCUAUCACAUCUUCCGUGGCAUCUCAGAAAUCCAGUCAUGCAGUGAUCCCUGCAUGGAGACAGAGCCAUCAUUUGAAACUGGAGACCUCUGCAAUGACACCAACCCAGCCCCCAAACACAAGUUUUGUGGAGACCCUGGACCAGGGAAUGACACUUGUGGCUUUCAUAGCUUCUUUAACACUCCUUACAACAACUUCAUGAGCUACACAGAUGACGACUGUACUGACUCCUUCACGCCCAAUCAAGUCUCCAGAAUGCACUGUUACCUGGACCUCGUAUACCAGAGCUGGCAGCCCUCCAGAAAGCCAGCACCUGUAGCUCUUGCACCCCAGGUUGUGGGCCACACAAAGGACUCUGUGAUGCUAGAGUGGUUCCCACCCAUCGAUGGACACUUCUUUGAAAGAGAAUUGGGAUCAGCAUGUGACCUUUGCCUAGAAGGGAGAAUCCUGGUGCAAUAUGCUUUCAAUGCCUCCUCCCCCAUGCCCUGUGGACCAUCAGGACACUGGAGUCCUCGAGAAGCAGAAGGUCACCCAGAUGUUGAACAGCCCUGUAAAUCCAGUGUUCGAACCUGGAGUCCAAAUUCAGCUGUCAACCCACACACAGUCCCUCCAGCCUGCCCUGAGCCACAAGGCUGCUACCUCGAGCUGGAAUUCCGCUACCCCUUGGUCCCUGAGUCUCUUACUAUCUGGGUGACCUUUGUCUCCAGUGACUGGGACUCUAGUGGAGCUGUCAAUGACAUCAAACUCUUGACUGUCAGUGGAAAAAACAUCUCUUUGGGUCCUCAAAAUAUUUUCUGUGAUAUCCCACUUACCAUCAGACUCCGGGAUGUGGGGGAGGAGGUAUAUGGCAUCCAGAUCUAUACUCUUGAUGAACACCUGGAGAUUGAUGCAGCCAUGCUGACCUCUACUGUAGACAGCCCACUCUGUCUGCAGUGUAAACCCCUGCAGUAUAAAGUGCUCCGAAAGCCACCUCUGCUGGAAGAUGUAGCUUCAGUACUCCACCUCAACAGAAGAUUCAUGGACACAGAUCUGAAGCUUGGCAGUGUGUACCAGUACCAGAUUAUCACCAUUUCAGGAAACGAAGAGAGCGAGCCAUCACCUGCUGCCAUAUACACCCACGGCAGUGGGUAUUGUGGUGAUGGCAUUAUCCAAAAAGACCAAGGAGAAGAGUGUGAUGACAUGAAUAAGGCCAACGGGGAUGGCUGCUCGCUUUUCUGCAAGCAAGAAGUUUCCUUCAACUGCAUCGAUGAACCCAGUCGGUGUUAUUUCCACGAUGGAGAUGGGAUGUGUGAAGAGUUUGAACAAAAAACUAGCAUUAAAGACUGUGGCGUCUACACGCCCCAGGGUUUCCUGGAUCAAUGGGCGUCCAAUGCUUCCGUAUCCCAUCAAGACCAGCAGUGCCCAGGUUGGGUUGUCAUUGGGCAGCCAGCGGCAUCACAGGUGUGUCGAACCAAGGUGAUAGAUCUCAGUGAAGGCAUUUCCCAGCAUGCUUGGUAUCCUUGCACCAUUAAUUACCCAUACUACCAGCUGCCUCAGACCACAUUCUGGCUCCAGACGUAUUUCUCUCAGCCAAUGGUUGCUGCAGCUGUUAUUAUUCACCUGGUGACUGAUGGGACAUACUAUGGGGACCAAAAGCAAGAGACCAUCAGUGUGCAGUUGCUUGAUACCAAAGAUCAAAGCCACGAUCUAGGCCUCCAUGUCUUGAGCUGCAGGAACAAUCCCCUGAUUAUCCCUGUGGUCCAUGACCUCAGCCAGCCCUUCUACCACAGCCAGGCGGUACAUGUGAGCUUCAGUUCGCCCCUGGUUGCCAUCUCGGGGGUGGCCCUCCGCUCCUUCGACAACUUUGACCCCGUCACCCUGAGCAGCUGCCAGAGAGGAGAGACCUACAGCCCUGCUGAGCAGAGCUGUGUGCAUUUUGCCUGUGAAGCCACGGACUGCCCAGAACUGGCUGUGGAGAAUGCUUCUCUCAACUGUUCCAGCAGCCACCGCUACCAUGGUGCCCAGUGCACUGUGAGCUGCCAGACAGGUUAUGUGCUGCAGAUACAGCGGGAUGAUGAGCUAAUCAAGAGCCAGGUAGGGCCAAGCAUCACAGUGACAUGUACAGAGGGCAAAUGGAACAAGCAGGUGGCAUGUGAGCCAGUGGACUGCGGUAUCCCAGAUCACCAUCAUGUUUAUGCUGCCUCCUUCUCCUGUCCAGAGGGUACCACCUUUGGUAGAAGAUGUUCCUUUCAGUGUCGCCACCCUGCCCAGCUGAAAGGCAACAACAGCUUUCUGACCUGUAUGGAAGAUGGACUGUGGUCUUUCCCAGAGGCCCUGUGUGAGCUCAUGUGCCUCGCUCCACCCCCAGUUCCUAAUGCAGACCUACAGACAGCCCGGUGUCGAGAGAACAAACACAAGGUGGGCUCCUUCUGCAAGUACAAGUGCAAACCUGGAUACCAUGUUCCUGGCUCAUCUCGGAAGUCCAAGAAACGGGCCUUCAAGACUCAAUGUACUCAAGAUGGCAGCUGGCAAGAGGGAACUUGUGUGCCGGUGACUUGUGACCCACCUCCACCCAAAUUCUAUGGGCUCUACCAAUGCACUAAUGGCUUCCAGUUCAAUAGUGAGUGUAGGAUCAAAUGUGAAGACAGUGAUGCCUCCCAGGGCCGUGGGAGCAAUGUCAUUCACUGCCGGAAAGAUGGCACUUGGAGUGGUUCCUUCCAUGUCUGCCGAGAGAUGCAAGGCCAGUGCUCAGCCCCAAACCAACUCAACAGUAACCUCAAGUUGCAGUGUCCUGAUGGCUAUGCCAUAGGGUCAGAGUGUGCCACCUCGUGCCUGGACCACAACAGCGAGUCCAUCAUCCUGCCAGCUAACUUGACAGUGCGUGACAUUCCACAUUGGAUGAACCCCACUCGAGUACAGAGGAUUGUCUGCACUGCUGGUCUCCAGUGGUAUCCCCACCCUGCUCUGAUCCACUGUGUCAAAGGCUGUGAGCCAUUCAUGGGAGACAAUUACUGUGAUGCCAUCAACAAUCGAGCCUUCUGCAACUAUGAUGGUGGAGACUGCUGUACCUCCACAGUUAAGACCAAAAAGGUCACUCCCUUUCCUAUGUCCUGUGACCUACAAGAUGACUGCGCCUGUCGGGACCCUGAGGCCCAAGAACACAGCCGGAAAGACCUUCGGGGAUAUAGCCAUGGCUAAGGAAAGACAGGUGUCAAAUAUUUCCCAACGCCAGGACCCGCAUCCCUCUGGUACUGAUUUCACAGUCUGCUGCUCAAUGAAAUGGCCUCUCCACACCAGGGAUCCUUAGCACCCAACCGGUCUGCCUUUAAUUUCACCCAGGAAGGACCAACUGUGGGGCAAUGAACUGAGUCUCACCAUGUUGAAUGAUGGAGUGGAAUACUAUCCUGUAGUCUAAGAUGGAUUGCAUACACAGCAUGUAGUCCCAGAGCUUCUGAAAGUUCUUUCCAUUUCUCACAUGACCACAACCCAAAACAACAAAAAAAUUGUAUGUGUAUCAAGGAGUAUGCACAUCUGUGGUUAGUACACAGGCAUGCAUACACACCCAUGAAAAUGUCUGUGUGAGGGAAG